AACUAGCCAGCAGAGGGGUGGUAGUAGUCGGGUCCAGGCGCUACGCUGUCCAGCCUGGAGAAGGUUGGUUUGUCUUUCUUUACUUUUAUUUUAUCUCACCUUUUAAACCCUUUUGAUCCCCAUCAUCUGUCUCCACAUCGGACAAAAACCAGGUUGACUGUUCAAAGAUGAAGCUGUAUCCUCUUCUUCUCUUGCUUUGUCUCUGCCAUCUGGGACUCACUGAAGAGCCCAGUCCAGCACCUACAAGUGUCAGUAAAACAGAAGAAGACGAGGCGUCAGAGGGUGACAGCUGUGGAGGAGCGUUCAGCCCUGAGGCACACAGGGCAAUAGGAAAGGCCACCGAGCAACUGGGUUUGCAGCUCCUGGAAAAUCUUCCUGUUAGUCCACAGCAGCCCAAUGUCAUCCUCUCACCGCUCAGUCUUGCUUUUGCCCUCGGUCAACUCACCUUAGGUGCUCGCACUGAGACAGAGAAGCUGCUACUAAAGACCCUUCAUGCCCACGGUCUGGCAUGCUACCAUCAUGCACUGGGAAGCCUUGUACCUCAUUUUAGCCACACAUCAUUGGAGGUAGCGGCACGCAUGUACCUCAAGCCAGGAUUUAAAGUGAAGGCGUCCUUUGUUGAAGAGUCUCUGCACAGGUACAAAUCACAGCCUGUUCCUUUAGUCUCUAUGGACGAGGUCAACCAAUGGGUUGAGAAUGUUACCAAUGGACACAUCCCCAACUUCCUAGAAAGUAUUCCACAUGAUGUGGUGCUUAUGCUCAUGAAUGCUGUAUACUUCAAAGGUCAGUGGCAAACACAGUUUGACCCACAAGCAACAUCAAAGGGAGAGUUUUACUUGGACAGCCAGAACUCUGUGUCAGUGGACAUGAUGAAAUCUGUCCAGUACCCUUUACGCCUGAUGUAUGAUUCCAAACUGGAAGCACAGGUUGCCAGUUUUCCCUUCAAGGGAAACACCAGCUUCUUAAUCAUCCUUCCCAGAGGAAACCUGUUGUCAGUGCUUUCCAAACUAAACAUCUCCGACCUCUACAGAUCUCUACCUCAGGAGAAACUGAUGCAGGUGAACUUGCCUAAAUUGAAGCUGGAGUACCAAAAGGAGCUCCAGGCGGCUCUGACCAACAUGGGCCUUGGCUCUCUGUUCUCUGGUCCUGACCUCUCUGGGAUAUCGGACCAGCCCCUCACGGUGACCGGCAUUCGGCACGCCAGCACAAUAGAACUCAGUGAAGAAGGUGUCGAGGCCUCGGCCACCACCGUUGUAACCUCCAUGCGCUCAGUCUCCAUGUUCUCUGUAAACUCCCCUUUUCUUUUUGCUCUCGUCGAUGACGCCUCCUUGACCCCCCUCUUCAUGGGCAUCGUCACAAACCCUGCCCCCGACAACCCCAUGCUGAAUGAUGAGUCCCACAACAAGCAGUCAUACAAACCCAUCUCUGGUAAUGGGAAUGGUACUAUAGACUUCCCUGAGUUUUGAACUGUGUAAAGUUAAAGAAAAGAUUUUAUUUUGGGAAAACAAACAAUUUAGAUUUGCUUACAGUAAGGGACUGGAAAUCAAUAUACAUGUAAAAGCACUUCUAAAGUUCAUUAAUUAUACUUGAUGUCUUAUUUGUUUUAUCCUAACUCCUUCUCUGUAAAGCAAAAUUAGCUUAUUUUCAAAAGUGUCAGUCAUUUCCCCUUUAAAGCAGAUUUAAGGCCCUUUCACGCUGGAAGCAGCACAUGCAGUGCUGUGCUCGGAAACACAUUCAGUUCUAUUGUUUGCACUGCACAAUAACGGUUUCCUGCUGUGCCAAGGAAAGCGCCAGCGCGGCAGCGUGAGUACACGUGCAUGGUCAAAGUUCAAAGUUGAACUUUUCUAGGUAGCGGUGAGUGCGGUGCAUACUGCAUCUGAUAUGAAAGUGCAUUUAGAAUUACAGCAGAGGAAGCGCCUGGUGUUCACAAGUUAUUGUAGAUUAACAAAAAAUACAGAUGCAGGAAUCGGUUGUUCCAAAAAGUUCAUGCAAAAACUUUUAACAAUGACAUUUUAAAACAUUUUAGGUUUCUGAUGAAGUGUUCAGUGACUGCUGGUACAUUUCAGAGCUUUACACAAAAAUUCAUAAAAGUUGUUUGAUACAAAAAAAAAAAACGUUUUCCACAAAAUUGUGCAUCAUGAAUGUUGUUUUCUUACAGAAGUUUCAUUUUUAGUGUGUUGAUUUUAUUUUAAGAGAUGAAGUGGAAUAAACAAAAAAGCUAA